AGAAGGAUCCGGAGAAAUACGCUCGCUUCUUUGAUGAUUACGGGCUGUUUAUGCGCGAGGGCAUCGUCACCACAGCGGAGCAGAGCGUCAAGGAAGACAUCGCUAAGCUGUUGCGUUUCGAGUCGUCUGCGCUUCCUGCGGGACAGCAGACCAGCCUGAUGGAGUACGCCUCUCGGAUGAAGGCGGGAACGAGGAACAUUUACUAUCUGUGCGCGCCGAAUCGCCACCUGGCCGAGCACUCGCCGUACUUUGAGGCCAUGAAACAGAAAGAUAUGGAGGUGAGACUAGAGACAAUCAGGUACACAGUUAAUAUUCUCUGUCAUACUCGAGAGAAAAUGGGUGAUGAAUCUACAAGUUGAUCCGAAGGCUGAUGCAAUGCAUUGCAGAUUUGCUGGAAACAACUGCUAAUUAAUUUGCAAUUAAAAAUGUACUCAGUUCACUCCUAUUUUGAAAGCAUAAACUGUGCAUUAUCCAUUGACAAGGCUGUCGACAGAUCCUGAGAUGAACACAAGGGGGCGCCAACGCUGCUGUUUAUCUCA